CAACGAUGUUAACAGAACAAAUCGGGUACACGUUCUAGAUAAAAUGGCCGAACUUGGUCAACUAAUUUAAUACUAGUAACCUUACGUACUUUUGCCAAACUAUGAACCAGAAAAUAAAUCGUCAUAAAUGAUUAAUAAUGUUCAAGCAACAUGGUGUGCUAUCUCGAUUCUGAAUUCUCAAUAUCAAGAGUACAGAAGUAUACACAUGGUAAACAGGCACGCUCUAUUUAUUAGGAAAUAUAUUGUGGGUUGACCAACCAUGCCCGCUUCUUAACUAGACAACGAAGGGGCCUAUCAUCCUGGAACUUGGUGGGAAAGUUGGUCAUGACAUAUAGAUCCCUAGUCUACAACUGGAAUGAAUUUUAGAUCCAGAUACCAAAGGUGAAGAUCAACAGGGAGGUUGGUUACCACCAGACACUAACCGUUAUUGAGGAUUAGGAAGCUGCCCUAGUAAUAGCCGUGUGUUCACAGAAAAUGGACGGACAAAAGUAUUGAAGUUCAGGGCUCCCAUCAACCCAGAACUAGACUUCGCUACCUACCGAGUGGCCCGCUAUGAUGGCAUAACACGCAUUGUAGUAAACUACCAGUAUGGAAAAGUAAUAGGAGAACCUACUUUGCAUGACUGCUCCCUGGCUACAAGCGCAAAUAUUGCAAUUGGGCUCCUAGAUAUAGAGCUUAAUCCGGUUGUUGAGGGAGACCAAGGAACGUACAAACUGACGGAAUUAAGUGAAACUACUACUGUCAUAGAAUGUGUGACAUUAUACACCCUAGGUACACCGACACAGCCUAUACUCUCGGCUUUUGGCUCACAAUUUGUGAACUCAAAAUUAAGACUCAAAUGUACCAGUUCUUCAAAGACAUAGCCUUCAAACCACUCUCUAACGAUGGAUUAUGCUUGGACGAUCGAUGGAACAGCCAUUCAACCUGGUGGAAGAUUCUCUUUCGACGCAAUAUCGAGGAGUACGUUAACAAUAUCGAAACUUUCGAAUGAAGAUAACGGCGAUACUGUAAAUUGCAUUGCAACUGAGAAUGGAGGGAAAUCUUCGGUGCAAACGUAUUAUCCACUAAGAGUAUUUUACGGUCCGAAUAAUGCAAGUGUCAAUGUCUCCGAAGUGAUCACUGUUAAUGAGCAUGAGGAUGUUGUAACCGUCAGAUGUGACGCGGAUUGCAGACCUCCUUGUCUAAUUCAAUGGACGAAUCUCACAGACGAAAACAAACGUUUAAUGAACGAGUUGGCGUUUGGAAGAGUUAAUCGCUAUCACGCAGGGACGUAUGAAUGCACAGCUAAAACAUCUGUAAUUGGAGUGAAUAAGAUGUCCAUAACACGCAUACAGCUCAUUGUUCUAACUACGCCUCGACCUCCUAGAGAUUUACACAUUAUCAGUACACCUGGUUUGGUACACGCUGAAUGGACUAAAGGUUUCAACGGAGGAAGUCUUCAAUCAUUUCUACUGCAAAUAUCCUACGAUAACAUUUGGAAGAACCUGACUCAAGUGAACGAGAAUGACUGGAAUAAUAUGUGGAAUGAAACCGUGUAUCAAGUCAAUAUCACAAAUGUAGAACCUGGUAAACACUCGGUGCGAGUUAUUGCUUUCAACAAAGUUGGGUAUGCAGACCCCGUGCUAUUCACGGAAAACGAUUCUGAACAGAUUAACUUUCAAGGAAGCAAGAGUGGAGCAGAUAGUUUGACAAUUACAGUUAUGUCGCUGAGCUUCGCAGUUGCAUUUAUUUUUCAUGUUUUUGCACGUGACACAAUUGGACCGUGGUUACUCUGUGGCAUAUAAAAAACAAAAACCAAACAAAAAAAUAGCAUUUUUUCUCAAUACAACCGUCUCUCAAGUAUAAGAUAAUCUUCCGCAGUGUAUUUGUAUUUGCCCGUAUGCUUUGGGAUCAUUGUAUAUUGUUUAGUUAUUCAUGAACAUCGAAUACCGAAGCCCGAGCUAGGUGGUGUUUGCAAUAUUUCAUGAAUACAAUUUUAGACUUUUGAACCUGUCAAUGAUCGUAUCAUUCUUAAUGUUUUCAGUUGGUGCAUGGAAAAUCUCAACCUUUAGCAGUUAGGAAUGUAAAGGAUGAAUGCUGAAACUAUCCAUUAUAUGUGACCAGACCAAAGACACGGUAUUGUAGGACCUUUGAAAGACAUACUUAUAUAUAAAAUGUGUUUCUUUAAUUUUUAUGUUAUGGGAAACUUGCUGGUGACAUUGGAGUCGUCUUGGAUGACGUAAACUCAGAGCUAUGAGAUGUACACAAGGUAUCCCACCAUACUCAAAAGGAGCUGAACAGAAGGAAUAACACGCAGCAAUUUGUGCAGUUGUUUGGGCAAGAAAACUUGAUAAGAAAUAUCGGCGGUCUGCUUGUCCAAACAUCAAGUUACAUCAGAGCGCUCGUGUCAAUUUACAAAACUCCAAGGGUCACUUACUUAUCCAAGAAGCUGGACAGAGCUCAUUGAUCACGAUAUUGUAUUUUGUUAAAACAGCGUCUUGUUUUGAACCACGGUUGCAGCAUUUAUGAGCAAUCAAUGCUUUGUUUCAUAUUCAACCUAAUAUUUGAUUUGUGUAACGAUAGUUUUAUUUAGAUGAUAUGUUUUACUUAUCCA